AUGGCAGACAAACGCAGGAGGAAAAGCCUGAGCAUCUUCCGCCAGAAGAUGGACCACGGUCCCACGAUACAAAUACCGGCGAGCCCGCUGCGGGAGAAGCGUUCCAGCGACUACCUCCCUAGUCCCGUGGACUCGGAUCCCUCGAGUCCCAAGCCUCGCCCUCGGACCUUGCAGAAGGCCAGUCGAACCUCAGUGUUUGGAUCCCUGCGCUCAUUACACUCUCUCGACGAAGAAGAGAAGCUGGCUCUGACGAGGUCUGACUCGAAAGCGUCAUCCUUUCAUGAGGACCCCGACAUGAACGUGAAGGGACUCUUGGGCCACAAAGUUCUUCAAUAUGGUGAAGUGCAGGCCGGCGGAGGCACCAUGUUCAGAAAAAGGACGCAGUUCAUGGUCCUGACCGAGUCACAUCUCAUUCGAUUCAGGAGUCAAAUCAAAGCCGCCGAGAUGUUCCCCAGCAUCCCCAACACCCUCCACAAGGGACACACGGCGAGAACUUCGUCAGUGGGAUCCUAUCAGGAACUCCAAAUGUCAGCGUAUACGGACAUCACCUCAGGCGUCCCACUCGACCAAGUGGUUGCGGUGUACAAGAUUGACGAUGGACGGCCUUCUCCUGUGGUGGAAGUGGCAUACCUUGAUGAACGCGCAAGAAGAGCGUCUGCCCUGCAGCUCCAAUUGAACGAGAUGCGUGAGGCCGAGCUAUGGAUUGCCGCCAUUCGUUCAGCGUGCGACCAGGCGAGGUCUCUCGUCGAGCAACACAUCCAAGAUCGAACGGUUGAGCAUCUGGCGCGUGUCGUGGAGCGCGAGAGAGACUAUGACCCUGACCACUUCCACGUCUUCAAAGUCAUUCAGCGGCAUGUCAACAAGUCCACGGGGAGAGCUUCAGCCGAAGAUCUGACCAGACUUGGGUCUUCCAGCACCUGCUACCUCGUUAUUGGUUUGCAUAAAAUUCACUUGGUGCCCCUACAGAAGCCUUCCACACGAUCAUCGAGCACCUCUCUCAGUGAGCUGGACGCGAUGACGUCCUACGCCAUUGUUACCUUGACUUCGAUCAAGGUCGUGGCAGACGACGACGCAUUUCAAUUGACCUUCAAACCACCCACAGCACAACCGUGCAUGGUACAACUAGCUUCGUAUUCCGCCGGACAAAUUGCACUGUGGCUAAGGUCCGCUUCGGAAUACCUGCGACCCGAAUGGCUUAGGCAGCCUUUCAUCUUCGACGUCCCUCCAGAAAUCGACGACCAGAUGAUUCCGCCGAACUUUCCAAAAGAGGAGCACGACUGCUUUGAUAGGACGUUGAUCGCAUACUGUGCAGGCUAUGAUGUGGACACAUCUCGCAUCUGCUACUCUGUCGAUUAUGACUGUGAGGAUGCACCACGCUUUCAGCUACUUCCACCGGCCAGCGGUGUCCUCUACUCCGCCUUAGAAUUGCUGGCUGUGUUCCGAGCCUUGCGGUACAAUGAGUCGUUCUCCUCGAUCUCUUUCGCACGGAUCAAUCUAUUGCCGCUGCGUCUCAGUUACGAUGGGUUCGGAUCAGACUUGGAUAGCCUGUUCACGCGUUCUGGAAAUCCUACGAACAUCGCUGGCCACCAAGAGCUGCCCGUUCUGGCGCAGGAAAUCAGGGUGUUGGCGUUGAAAAGCCGGCGACUGAGACGGCUAGAUUUCUCGCAUACCAUUCCACACCAAGCAAAAGCGCUGGACGGCGAAGCCUUGAGCUGUGGAAUCCUGGAGGCACUUACGCCGCUGUGCAAGCGGUCCUUGACCAACGUGGACUGGAUUGUGCUCACAGGCCUUCGGCUAGCAGAUUCCGACCUGAACUACCUUGUUGAUGCCGCCUCGGAAAGAAAAUGCCACCUUCGAGCUCUUGAGAUUGGCGAAUGCGGCCUCUCAGUCCACGACAUAGACGUACUUUUGUCCGCGUUGGCCAUUCAGGAGAGCACUGUCGAGGUCAUCGACAUAUCCGGAGCGCAGGGCCGAUUCAGUCCGGAGCUGUUUCAGCGAGGAAUGGGUGCCUUUACCCGGAUCCGGCGCCUGAAUCUCACUCGAGUGCAGAAGACGGCUGGUUCAGAGGCCUUGCUUCCGCCAGAAGUGCUUCUGACUUGGAGACUCGAAGCCUUAUACUUGUCACAAACCACUCUCAAUGAGCAGACGGUAGACUCGAUAUCAACGUACCUGGCGACGUCGAAGUCCGAUAUCCUCCGAGAGCUGCACGUCAAUCAGUGUGGUUUGACAGGAUACGAUCUUGCGACCUUCUUCCGAUCGAUGACUCGGGACAACACGCAGCCCCGAAUCAUGCACGUGAGUGCGAACGAGAACCGGCUCAAGACGGGCAACACGGUCCUUUUUAGGACGAUUGCGCAAAGCUGUGGACCUUCAUCGCUGAGCUUGCGGAUGAUGGAUUUCGAGAAGGAAAAUCACUUCCGCGAGCUGAUCAAUGCCCUGAAAGUCAAUACGACGUUACGAAGUUUGGAUAUAUCACGUGCCUCCCUGCCUUACGACGCCAGUGUUGAGACGUGCGAGGCGUUGAAAGAUAUGUUUGCUACAAACCAGACCUUGGAGGAGCUGGAUAUCAGCGGCGAGCACGCGCAUCUGGACACCACCCGCUUCGGGAUUGGCCUCAAUAUUGCGCUGAGGGGGUUGGAAAAGAACACCUCCUUGAAGCUCCUGCGCAUCGAGUACCAGGCGCUGGGUCUGCAAGGCGCGAGCACGUUGGCCGAGGUGCUGGAAAGGAACGAGACCCUUCUGGAAAUCCACUGCGAACACAACGACAUCAACCUGCAGAGCUUCACGGCGCUUGUCAAUGCGCUGGAGAAGAAUCACACAUUACUGUACAUGUCCACGAUGGACCACGAUAGAGCAAAAUCAAUGGAUAAAGUGCGGCGCGAGAUCGAAACCAUGGAGCGUGCGGACACGCCGAAGACUCCCAAGAGUGGCGGCGGGGCGAUUAAGAAGGCCUUGACAGGGACACUGACUGGGAAAACACACGGGAAAGGACACGGGCAUCGGCACAGCAGCUCGAUGUCUUCCACGGCGUCCUUUACCGACCAAGACGUGGCUGCGGUGAUGAGCACCCUGGACGAGAAGUGGGAUUUGCAGGUUUCCCGGAUGCAGAAAUACCUGUUCCGGAACUACUGUCGUGCAGAAGGGGUGCCUUGGGAAGAUGGUGCCGGGGACGGGGACAGCCGGCUCUCCACCGCAGUGGGCGACUCCUCGAUGGCGCAGCUCUUGCAGCGCGUCAAACUCGACCGGACGCCAACCGCGGCACACCCGGAUGCCUUGGACUAUAUCGACGAGAAGCUGGGAGGGGACAGUGGCGGCCAGGUGAUAUUCCAGAUUCCGAGGAUUGAUGCCUGA